AUGCUUCAAAUGCAAAAUUACGUUCCGGUAGAGCGCGGAUUUGUACGGAUCCGAACCGGCUGCGAGUAUCAAAUGUGCAGUGCAUGUUUUGAAGGCGCUUCAUAGUGAACUAAGCGGGAGUGCGUGCUACAUGUGUUUUACUGCGCUAAAAGUAACUGUUUCGUCUCUUCUAAGUUUAGUGCCAAUUCACAAUUAAAAACAAUAUGCAGCCGGACAUUGUAGAUAAGAAGCAUGAUAAACAACUGAUUGUUAAAAUGGCUGGCUAUUUAGAAAAAAAAGGCAGAAUGAGAGUGGUUGGUGUACGUCGUUGGAAAAAAAGAUGGUGUGUACUUGAAGGCAAACUGUUAUUAUAUUUUAAAACUCAAUUAGAGUACUCUCAUCAUUUAUCACCUUGCAGAGGUUCAGUUAACAUGGGACUUGCAUUGUCUAUAGCACAACGGGGUCCGUGUCAAUUGCAAAUCGUCACUAGAUCUCAAAUUAUAAUCUUAAGAACAAAAUCAAAAUCUGACUUAGAUGAAUGGUUUACUGCUUUGAAGGACGCUAAAAAUAAUAACUUGGCUUUUAUUAAAGAUCGAAAUUCGACUUAUAUGGAAACAAGCUACCAGUCAUCUUACCGAAUACCUUUGAUAGAGCCUAACUCAAAUAACUGCAGUAUCAUAAACGAAAAUCACUUACGAUUUGGCAGAUCUGUGAGAGAGACGUUCGAUGGCAUAUCCUUCGAGGCAUACAAUAAGCAAAAUGAUAUUCGUUAUAUUAUGGCUCGCAACAAUAGAAAACCGUCAGCAUUGAGAAAAUCCGAAUCUGACAAUCGUAUAAGUUUCUAUAGGAAGCUUCAUGGUCUCGUUCGUACUGAAACGAUAGCUGGGACGUCUCAGGUGAGCGAUAAGGAGUCUUGUCGCUCGAGAAGUUUGUCAUAUGAAAGCAUUUAUUUUAAGCCACAAGAAAAAUGUACGCCGAUUGAACCGGCGAAAUCUCAAAGUUGUAGAGAACUUAUGCCCAAGAUCGUAAGACAAAUGUCCAAAAAAUGUACGAAUAACUGUGUAUCUAAAAGAAUCAGUAGAUCGGUAUCGUUUUUCGGUAAGCAUCGCGAAGAUUCUGAUUCUGACGAUUAUGACUAUAUUGAAAUCGAACCAAACCACAUCGAUCAAAAUCCUUCGGAACCAAUGGUAAAAGACGACAAAUCUGAACAUCAUCCAGAGUUACCUCCACACUAUUAUAAUGUUGAAAAAGACGAAGAAAGCACUUUGAUGUCAACAAAUGAAGAAUUUCAUAAUCAAGAAGCAAACGUAGAUGUAAUAUAUGUAAAUAACGAUCGUAAAAUUUUCACAACGGAAUCAGAUUUAAUACUUGAAUAUGGGACCGAGCAAUCAGUUGAAGAAGAGGACGAGCCACCCCCUUUGCCAAUAAAAAAAAAACACAAACAAAAUGAUUUAUUUGAUGAGAAGCCACAAUAUCAAAUAAUAGACGGUGUUUACGUUUUUAAAAAUGGCUCUAAAGAAGUCAUCUACGACGUUCCUAUUCCACAUGGAAAACUUAUCGAACAUUUUCGGCGGCUAACCAUAACUUCAAUGUCUUCACCGGUAAAACGUUAUGCUGAUAACACCGUGUAUCAAGAUUCGUUGGAACCUUCAGUUUAUGAAACGUUGCACAUGACACCAGACUCGCUAGAAGUUUCCAUGAUGUUUCCCACGUACAAGAGAUGGUCAAACGACUCGGGCUUCAAUAAUUGCGAUGAACAGAAUUCAUUUUUGCCCGAUCAGACCAAUUUUGAGGAUUCCUUGGAACCGGUCAUAAAUAUGAUACAUCAUGAUCGCAAAAUAUGGCAAAACGUACCAAAUAUCAACUCGACCGAUUACUUCCGUUGACUGUUGUAAAAUUAAGUAUUUAUAAGCAUUAGAAAAUGUAUACGUGAUAUGAUUUUUAUUUUUUUAAUUAACUUUCUAUUGAAACAGAUAUUGUUUUUAUUUGUACAUAAUAUAUGAUCUAUAAUUCGAACAAAUUUGUUUUGUGAAAUAGUGGAAUACACAUUAUUUCUAAACCAUACAGGAUACAGCGAGAUCGUUAAGUUAUGUUUAUAACAGUUUUAAGCAUUGGAUAAAUUGUUAAUUUAUUCCAAUUAUUACCUAUCUCAACAUUUUCUCAAUAAAUAAUAAAAUAUUUAUCAUUUUUCAACCCUAAGCAUGCAUACGGCCAUAAGGAGUAAUUUUCUAGCUUUUGAUAACAAAUGUUGCUAUGUACCUGGGAUAGGUAACUCAAAGUUACAAGAGGGCUAUUUUUUAGAAAAUUAAAAUCUAGCGGGCCUGGGCAUAGAAAGCAAAAAAAAGGUAAUUCAAAAUACCUGUACAUUUAAAUUAGCAUUUAUUUUGUUAAUAAUAAAUAAAUAGUCAUUCUCCUAUA